AUGCAGUACCAGCAUUCCAGCUCUUCUGCCAUGGGUCUCAGUGUGCCCUUAUACGCGCCCACCCCCCUGCAGCCGGUGCACCCCACACCCUUCUAUAUAGAUGACAUCCUUGGGAGGAAUGCAGCUUCUCAUGGGACAUCGGCCAUGAUGACACCCACCCUGCCAUCUCCUAACUCAUCCUUCACCAGCCUGGUGGCCACUUACAGGACUCCGAUCUACGAACCCACACCCAUCCACCCAGCCUUCUCCCACCACCCUGCAGCCCUGGCGGCUUCCUAUGGCAGCAGCACCUUCCAGAGCCCCCUGUACCCCUUUCCGAGACCCAUGGGCGAGUAUACCCAUGCCCUCAUCAGACACGACACUCUGGGUAAACCUCUUCUGUGGAGUCCCUUCAUCCAGAGACCCCUGCACAAGAGAAAAGGUGGCCAGGUCAGGUUUUCUAACGACCAAACCAUCGAACUGGAGAAAAAGUUUGAAUCUCAGAAAUACUUGUCCCCACCAGAGAGGAAGAGGCUGGCCAAGAUGCUGCAGCUCAGCGAGAGACAGGUGAAGACCUGGUUCCAGAACCGCAGAGCCAAAUGGAGGCGGCUCAAACAGGAGAACCCCCAGGGAAAUAAGAAAGAAGAAACCGAAAGUCUAGAAAAUGACUGUGAGGAGGGUAAAGAGAACUGUUUAAAUGCUGAGCAGAAGAAUAAGGACUCAUCUUUAGAUGGUUCCAUGUGCUCUCCCUCCCCUAAUUCCCAGGAGAACCUGGACACGGAUAUAUCAGAGGAUUCUGAUGAAGAAGUCGACAUCGAAGGUGACAAAGGCUAUUACAAGUGUACCCACUGAUACUUAUCUCACCAAGGACCUUUAAACUCAGCUUGCACUUUAACAGAAGCUGGAUUCUUCACCCCCUAAUUUUUCCAUGGGGUAAGGACAAGGGUAGAGUUUGAUGUACAGUGCCUUAGCUGCAAUGUAAAUAUUGGUUUUUCAGGUAAUGGUCAAAUGUCUAUGUCAUAAUGGACCUUAAACUAAGGCAGGGGUUGGAAACCUCGGCACUCCAGCUGUGGUAAACCUACAAAU